AUGUUACAUUUCACUCUCACUGAGCGUGGUAAGCCAGUUUUAAAUUAUAAAGAUUAUCAAUAUACUAAAAAACGAGAGCAUAAAACUCCGAAUGAAUGGCGUUGUCGUGAUAGACGUUGUACAAGUUCAGUAUCAUUAUGUUCACAAGACAAAUUAAUUAUUCGUGAAGAAGCAGGUCAUACAUUGCUUUAUCGUUUCCAGGGAAACGAUAAAGCAAAUCAAUAUUAUUAUUAUCUUCAAUAUCCAAAGUUGACAGAAAAAUCUUUUACUAAUUUACGAUCGCUAAUCCUUAAUAACGUGUCAUUGGCUGAUUUGAAAGUAAUUGCAUCGAAAUUAAAAUAUUUACAGUAUUUAUAUUAUGUCAAAGUUAAACGGGCUGAACCAGGUAACCCUUUAGAAGAGGAACAACAUUAUAUUUAUAAUACAAUAUUCGCACAUAAAUCAUUAAAAAUAUGUUCAUUAUUAGACUUCGGUGAUCUGCUUGGACGCAUUCAUCAUGAUUUGAUAUCAACUUUGGAAUAUGUAUCAGUUGAUGUGCAUGAUAAACAUGAUUUAGUCAAUUUAAUCUAUUCAUUUCCAAAAAUCAAACGAUUAGUAGUUUCAUGUGAUUCUACGUCAUCUAGUAGUCUUGUUCUUCGACAUCCAUCGAUUCCGUUUGGUCCUAGUCUGAGAUAUUUUCAUUUAACUGAAACAGGUAUUCUUUUUGAAGAGGUUGAGUUAUUACUAAAAAGUUUUUAUCAAAUACAACAAUUUUCUUUCUCCAGUGGAAAUAGUGACUUUUGUAAUGGCUCUCGUUGGCAAAAUCUUUUGUCAAGUAUGCCGCUCUUAAGUAAAUUCAAGUUAUAUGUUUAUAUAUCGAAAGUUCAAUCGGCAUCAAUUAUCGCUCCUUUGCUAGCUUCAUUUCAUACUGAAUAUUGGCUAAAACGAAAAUGGUAUAUGGCCUGUGAUUAUGAUACAAGCAAAUGUGAUUUAGAAUUCUACUCGUUUCCUUAUCAUUAUCGUUAUAUAAAAGUGGGAUCUUCUAUACAAACAGCUACCACAUGCAAUAACGAAUUCUUAGCACCAAAUACAGGUAAACCAACUUCAUCACCAACUCGUAUAGAAGUCGAUGAAUUGGAUGUUUGUGAUUAUAACGAACUGCGCCACACGAAAUGUCAAUAUUUUAAUGUCAAAACAUUGUACUUAGGACAUAUGUUGGAACUUCCGAAUUCAUCGGUUUUGGACGACCUUGGCCGAACAAUCCAGUUGUCGAAUUUAAAGGAGUUACGAAUGUGGUCUGAUAAUUGGUGGCCGUUUGAAACAUUCGAACGUUUGCUGAACUUAUCCCUGAAUAUUUCCUCUUUAAUGUUAAGUGUUGAUUAUCUUCUUGGCUUAAUCAAAAGUUCAGAUCAUAUUUGUCAACGUCUGGUGAUGAUUAAUGAAUUAUGUUUAUCUGGUGAUGGCAAAAUCUGGUCAAUUGAGAAUGUAGAAUUAUUUUCACAUAUUUUUUCAAAUUUGGAAUCAUUUAGAAUCUAUAAUCUUGCCACUGCUAACGAAUUUUAUGCGAUCAUGCCAAUUAUUCUUAAAAAGUUCAGAAAAUUAAUAACGCUAUCAGUAUUCUUGAUGUCAUCUCCUUUUUUACCAUCAGAAGCAUUUGUGGAAAACUGGUUAAAACAGAACACAGUCAAACUAAACUUUUGCUUGAGAGGCGCAUCCGCUCGUGAUAUAUUAUUACUAAAUGUAUCAAAUACUAACAGUGGUCCAGAUGAUAAUGUUAAAUUAAAUAUAUCAGUUCCAAUGGUAUUAUCAUCUAUAGACAUUUUUGAGGUUGUUGAAAUAUUUAAUGUAUCACGUAAUAAUGUUGUUGAACCACUUGAUUUUGAUCUUGUUCUAGCUUGUCUAACACCUUGUUGUUUUAGAAAAGCACCAGAUUUUAAAGUUCGACGACGUCCACCUUCAAUGUCAGCAUCAUCAAAACGUUCACUACAUAUUCUUAAUGUAUUCGAAUUGAUAUUUUCUUGUGAUAAAUUUAGGAGUUGA